ACCAUCCUUCUGACUCUUCCUCUUUGUUCCAAAUCUAGAACCCUGAACAGCUGGCAGGGGUAGGACAGGGACGCUUAGCACAGGAGUGGAGCACAGAUGUGGCAGAACUGGAGGUGUUGCGCCAGCGAGAGAUGGCAGAAAAGAAGACUCGAGCCCUUCAGCGAGGCAACAGGCAUUCUCGAUUUGGGGGCUCCUACAUUGUCCAAGGCUUGAAAUCCAUUGGGGAGAGGGACCUCAUCUUUCACAAAGGUUUGCACAAUCUCCAAAACUACAGUUCAGAUUUGGGAAAGCAACCCCGAAGGGUGCCUAAACGACGCCAGGCUGCCCGGGAGCUGUCCGUUCAGCGCCGCUCUGCCCUCAAUGUGAGACUCUUCCUCAGAGACUUCUGCUCUGAGUUCCUGGAGAACUGUUAUAACCGGCUCAUGGGCUCUGUGAAGGAUCACCUGCUGCGGGAGAAGGCUCAGCAGCAUGAUGAGACAUACUACAUGUGGGCCUUGGCUUUCUUCAUGGCCUUCAACCGAGCUGCCUCCUUCCGGCCAGCCCUGGUCUCUGAGACCCUCAGUGUCCGUACCUUCCACUUCAUUGAGCAGAACCUCACCAACUACUAUGAGAUGAUGCUGACUGACCGCAAGGAAGCCGCCUCCUGGGCACGUCGGAUGCACCUGGCCCUGAAGGCCUAUCAGGAGCUGUUGGCCACAGUGAAUGAGAUGGACAUGUCCCCGGACGAGGCUGUGAGGGAGAGCAGCCGCAUCAUCAAGAACAACAUUUUCUAUGUGAUGGAGUACCGAGAACUCUUCCUGGCACUCUUUCGAAAGUUUGAUGAGAGAUGCCAGCCACGCUCUUUCCUUCGUGACCUGGUAGAAACCACCCACCUCUUCCUCAAGAUGUUGGAGCGGUUCUGUCGGAGCCGUGGGAACCUGGUCGUGCAGGUACUUGGCAGCCCUGGGAUGGGGAAAGAGCUGUAGGGAAGGGUGGAGAACAGGGAACUCUCCUCACAUUUCUGCAGCUCGAGCUGACCUGUUAGAACUCCUCUGAACUAAGGAGGGCAAGGGGUUUGUUGGUGUCGCUGUUCUGAGUCCACUAUAGUUUCCUUCUUUCAUUAAAUUCAUCUCCAGCGUAACGUAAAUAUUUUAAUUCGUUCAGGAAACAUUUACGGGGGGCGCCUGGGUGGCACAGCGGUUA